AUUUCCUUAAGAUCCUCAUUGCUUAUUGCCCUCUUCUUCUUAUCCGAAAUAUCUCAAUUCUCAAGCACAGAGUUAAGCAGCAGCACCCAAAUCGAUAGGCAAACAUCAAAUGCGGAAAAGCUAUAUCUGCUCAGAUUGCAUUGAGUUGAGCAAUGCCUCCACUCUGCAGCAAUCCACUAAACACCUAUUCUCCUUUACUUAAACCUCGAUUUCAUCUCCACUAUCCUAUUCUCCAUUUCUCACACCAGUUUCGGAACAGCAGCAGCAAGAAGCUUUCUCUUACUUGCAAACCCUCACUCCCUAAUCGAUGCCUUGUCAUCAACGCGUCGUCCGCUUCAACAUCCGAAAUCGACAUGGUUCCUAACAGACAAGGAGUCUACACUUCCAAAAAAAGCAAAGUCGUUGUCUUAUGGGACCUUGAUAACAAGCCUCCUCGUGGCCCUCCCUAUCUGGCUGCUUUAGCACUCAAAAACCUUGCUCAGAAAUUCGGUGAAAUUAUCGAAAUGUCUGCUUAUGCUAAUCGCCACGCUUUUAUUCACCUCCCGAAUUGGGUGUUACAAGAACGGAGGGAAAGGAAACAGUUAGAUAUUCUCGAAAGAAAAGGACUUGUCAACCAAACAGAUCCCUACAUUUGCGGAGUAUGCGGCCGUAAGUGUAAGACUAAUAUGGAGUUAAAGAAACAUUUUAAGCAGUUACACGAGCGUGAGAGGCAAAAGAAACUGAAUAGAAUGAGGUCAUUGAAAGGGAAAAAACGGCAACGUUUUAAAGAAAGGUUUAUUUCUGGGAAUCACAAGUACAAUGAGGAAGCAAAAAAAUUGUUAACUCCAAAAGUUGGGUAUGGGUUAGCACAAGAAUUGAAGAGGGCUGGCGUUUAUGUGAAGACUGUACAGGAUAAACCACAAGCAGCUGAUUGGGCUUUGAAAAGGCAAAUUGAGCAUUCAAUGAGUAGAGGGGUUGAUUGGUUGUUUUUGAUAUCGGAUGAUUCCGACUUUUCAGAUAUUUUGAGGAGGGCUAGAGAGGCUAAUUUGGGGACUGUGGUGGUUGGUGAUAGAGAUAGAGCAUUAGGGAGACAUGCGGAUUUGUGGGUGCCUUGGAUUGGGGUUGAGAAUGGGGAGGUUACUGAGAACGAUUUGGUGUUGAAGAGUAGGAUUGAAAGCGAGAAUUUUGAUGGAAAAGAUGGGUUCUUUUCUAUUACGCAUUUUGAUGGGGAAAUCGGUGGUGUUGUAGAGGGUGACAUGGAUGGUGUGAUUGAGGAACUUGCUGGAGUUAGUUCUGAGUGGGAUAGUGCGAGGGUUUCAGUGUUUUCUGAAGGAGAAGAGGAAAAAGAGGAUUAUUUCUUGUCGGAUAGCGAGGAUGAGGGAAUUGAAGAGGAAGACGACUACUUUUUUAUCUAGUAUAACAGUCGAAACAUUUCAUUGUUUUGUGGAUCUGGUAGUAGUAGCAGUAGAAUGGCUGUUAAAAGAAAGUCAUGAAAUGUGUGAGCAAAAUUAUAAUCUUGGUUGACUGCAUUCAGGUCCAAAUCAUACUUCCUUCUUGAUUAAACUCCAUUCGUCAUUUGUACAUUGAAGGUUGGUUCUAUUGCCGUUCAAUUUUGCAAAACGGCUUAUAUUGCGGCAUUUCAAGCAAAAUGUUAAUUUCAGCAACCUUUCUGAUGUAUUCUUUCUUAACUUAGUCAUAUAGUUACCAGUAUACAUAUUAGCAUAAUUAGUUUAUUCUUAAUUACUUGAAAACUAAAUUAGACAUUCUGGCUACCUGUGGUUAGGCCGUGGUAAUAUGGAUAAAUAACUAGAAUAUUUUGCGACAAUGCUCAGUUGGUUAUUCUUGAAGCCUGAAGAAGGGAAGAAGUGAAAUUGAAGAAUUGGUAUAAAUUCCCCUUGUUUGGACAUUUGACAGGAUAGGGAAUGGAAAGGCUAAAAUGGCACAUUGGUUUCUGGAUGAACUAUUGCUGAUCUGUUUUUAGGUCAUACAGCUAGAGCAUGGCCAAGCCUCCAUAAUGAAAGGGGAUGUAAUAUCUAACAUGAUUUUAUCAUGAGAAAUGCAGCCAUAGUAAUAUACCAUUAAGGAGGGAUGAUAUAUGGUUAAAUGUGGCAUGUACCCUCUUUCUAGAUAUGGGUUUGCCUGUAAUAAAAAAGGAAACCUAAAAGAAGGAUGACUAUGCAAGAAACGACAUGAUUGUCUCUUAUUGCUUUCAACAAAGCUGAACUGGCUUUCUCAGAGCUGAGGUUUGAACAGAAGAAAAGGAUCAUGGAAUUUGAUUGUGAGUGAAAACAUGUUUGACCAGAUAUUGCUUAGCGACAGAAUGAAUUUAUGAAUGAAGGCUCAUCUUCUCUUGUGAAGGAUAUGCUGAACUUUUGCCUUAUGGGGAGGGAAAAGUUCAUCAGAAUGUGGUUUAAUGAAUUAUUAUGUAAGCAUGACUAUAUGCCUUAAAAACUUGUUAGUAGUUUACUGGUACAUAAAUAAGGUAAAAGCUGAAAUAUGGAUGAUGAGAUUAUUUAAUUUAGCAAACUUUGGCUAUAAUAAAUUUUGAGAUCACAAUUAGUUUCCCUUCA